CCUUUUCUUCCCCUGCCAGGCAGAUGCCACCAUGCAAGGACCAAGAAGAUUCACAAUCCGAAAAUAUGAACCCUGGGAAAAGACCGGGAUUAGUAAUUUAGACUAUCCAUCUUUAUUCAGGAACAGUAGGUUUGAUUGCUGAUCUGAGAAAAAUGCUCCUCUGGCUUUUUCUGGUGUUGUCCAGCCCAGCUUCCUCUACGGAUCCAGAAACGGACGCCACGGUGGAAAUUUGCAAUGUUUGUUCCUGCGUGUCGGUGGAAAAUGUCCUUUAUGUCAACUGUGAAAAGGUGGCCGUUUACAGACCCAACCAGCUUAAGCCCCCUUGGUCGAAUUUCUAUCACCUCAACUUUCAGAAUAACCUGCUGAUUAUCCUGUAUCCAAACACAUUCCUUAAUUUUAGCCAUGCAGUGUCUCUGCAGCUGGGAAAUAAUAAGCUACAGAACAUUGAAGGAGGAGCAUUUAUGGGUCUCAGCGCAUUAAAACAAUUGCACUUGAACAACAAUGAAUUAAAGUUUCUCCGAGCUGACACUUUCCUUGGCAUUGAGAACUUGGAGUAUCUCCAAGCGGACUACAAUUUAAUCAAAUAUAUCGAGCGGGGAGCCUUUAAUAAACUUCACAAGCUCAAAGUCCUCAUUCUUAAUGACAACCUGAUUUCUCUGCUACCUGAUAAUAUUUUCCGAUUUGCUUCUCUGACCCACUUGGAUAUUCGGGGCAACCGCAUCCAGAAACUGCCCUAUAUUGGCGUCUUGGAGCACAUCGGGCGCAUUGUGGAAUUGCAGCUGGAGGACAAUCCAUGGAAUUGCACCUGUGACCUCCUGCCUUUGAAGGCUUGGCUGGAGAACAUGCCCUACAACAUCUACAUCGGAGAAGCCAUUUGCGAGACCCCCAGCGAUCUCUACGGGAGGCUUUUGAAAGAGACCAACAAACAAGAACUCUGCUCCAUGGGGACGGGGAGCGAUUUUGAUGUCCGAAUCCUGCCCCCUUCCCAGCUGGAGCCUGGCUUCAGCACCCCCAACGGUCACACCACUCAAACCACGAUGCACCGGUUAGUCACCAGACCUCCCAAAACGACCAACCCUUCUAAAAUCUCUGGAAUUGUGGCUGGGAAACCUUUCUCCAGCCGCAAUCUCAGUCAAAUUGUGUCUUUUCAGACUCGGGUGCCCCCUCUGACCCCUUGCCCGCAUCCCUGCAUUUGCAAAACCCACCCUUCAGAUUUGGGAUUAAGCAUCAAUUGCCAAGAGAAGAACAUCCGUUCCCUGGCCGAGCUUGUCCCUAAGCCUCUGAAUGCCAAGAAAUUGCACGUUAAUGGCAAUUACAUCAAGAAUGUGGAGGUAUCUGACUUUGUCGAGUUUGAAGGGCUGGAUUUACUCCAUCUGGGCAGCAAUCAGAUUGCGGCCAUCCAAGGGGAAGUUUUCCACAACCUGACCAAUUUACGGAGGUUGUAUCUGAACGGCAAUCAGAUCGAGCGGCUGAGUCCCGAGAUGUUUGCCGGGCUGCACAACCUUCAGUACCUCUACUUGGAAUACAAUGUCAUUAAAGAGAUUUUAGCCGGCACCUUUGACCUGAUGCCCAACCUUCAGCUCCUCUACUUAAACAACAACUUGCUGAGAAGUUUGCCGGCCUACAUUUUCGCCCGGGCACCGCUCGCUCGGCUGAAUCUACGCAACAACCAUUUCAUGUACUUGCCUGUGAGUGGCGUGCUAGACCACCUGAAAACCCUGACCCAAAUCGAUCUGGAAGGGAACCCCUGGGACUGCACCUGUGACUUGGUGGCCCUGAAACUGUGGCUGGAAAAACUCAACGACGGCAUCGUGGUGAAGGAGUUAAAGUGCGAGACCCCCGUGCAGUUUGCCAACAUCGAACUGAAGUCUCUCAAAAACGAGAUCCUGUGUCCCAAACUCCUCAAGUCGUCUUUCUUCACCAGCCCGGCUCCUGUCCUGACCUUCACAACUCCUUUGGGCCCAGUCCGCAGCCCUCCUGGCGGUCCAGUCCCACUUUCCAUCCUCAUCUUGAGCAUCUUGGUGGUCCUGAUUUUGACCGUCUUUGUGGCUUUCUGCCUUCUGGUCUUUGUUCUCCGUCGUAACAAGAAGCCGUCCUCUAAACACGAAGGUUUGGGCAACCCCGAAUGCAGUUCGAUGCAGCUCCAGUUAAGGAAGCACGAUCACGCGGCCCAGAAAAAGGACACUUUGGGGGCCGAAGCCUUCAUCCCUCAAACUAUUGAGCACAUGAGCAAAAGACAUUCGUGCGGCUUAAAAGAAGUCGAGACGGGUUUCAUGUUUGCCGAACCGGUGAGCCAGAAAGUCAUCUUGAGAAACAACAGUGAGAAAGAGAAAGAGUCGUUACACACGGAUAUCCGGAAAAGACUGAGUACCAUCGAUGAACUGGAUGAAUUGUUACCGGGGCGGGAUUCUAAUGUCUUCAUUCAGAAUUUUCUGGAAAACAAAAAGGAAUACAACAGUAUAGGGAUCAGUGGCUUUGAGAUACGCUAUCCGGAGAAACAGCCGGACCGAAAAAACAAAUCUUUAAUAGGAGGAAAUCACAGUAAAAUAGUGGUGGAACAAAGGAAAAGCGAAUAUUUUGAGCUGAAAGCGAAACUUCAGGGCUCCCCGGAUUAUCUGCAAGUCCUCGAAGAGCAAACAGCUUUGAAUAAAAUCUAGGCUGUGCAAUCUGAUUUCCUACGGAGGACUUUUAUUUAACGAUGCAAGUGCCUUUUGUUGACUUUUCGUUUCCAAAUAUGAUACUCUCCCGAUAGGCAUAGAGGCAGGCAAUCCAGGGGUGUGUGUGUGUGUGUAUGUGUGAUAAAAUUAUAGCUCCAAAUAGAUUUUAUUUCUUAAAAACUCUGCCCUGUGAGGGAAACGGUAGGGAAACCUGCAAAGACUCUAUUGCCAAGGUGUCGCUUUAUACACAUAUUACACUGAAUUUAACCUCAAGAGGAAUAUAUAUUUUCUACCCUAACUGCAAAACUUUCGUCUCCUUGUGAUUUGUUCAAACAAAUGCACAAGAAGAAGAAAAAGGAGGAGAGAGAGAGAGAGAGAGAAAAACUAAUGACAGAAAGAGAGAGGAAAGAAGAAGCUGUGCUGGUGGCAUUCCACACGGAUUAAAAAUUGCUAAAGGAACUGAAACCGGUUUCAACCCCUAUAAAAAGUGGUGGAUUUCGCGAUCGCAAGAGAUUUUACAAACCACAAAAGCAUGCAAACGAAAGAACCUUCCAUAGUUAUGUGUAAAAUUGGUUACCUUUACAACCUGCAUCUUGAAAACACUGGAUUUAUAAUGUUAAAGAUUGUGCAGAAAUCUUCUUUUUUUUUUUUAUUAAAAAAAAAAAAGAUUACCGUUCAUUGCAUCCAUAACAAAAGCAAUUUUGACCAUCUGAUUUACAUGCCAGAAAUCUGCAUAAAAUUGAUUCCGACGGAACCUAAGUGGCAACGAGGACUGGAAGAAAAAAAAAUAUAUACUUGACGUUUAAGACAAAACAACUCCCACCCCUUGGUGAAACUCCUGUCAACCCCCCAAAGGUUGUCCAGAAUUUUCAAAAUAAUUUGCUUGCUGUGUGAGCGUCUCAGAAAUUAUUUUUGUAAUAUAAUUCAUAUUUAUGAAGUACUUUGUAUACUAAAUAGGGGGGAAAAAUUAUGUACUCCUCAUAAUGUAUUUAAAUAUGCCUGAUUUGUUUUUCUGGUCACAACGGUGCAUUAAUCAUUCAAUAUAAUUUAAAAAACAAAAAAAACAAAAAGAGAGAACCAAUAUACCAAACAGAAACUAUUGAUGAAAAUGUAUAGAUUUAUUUGAGAGUCAAUGUGAUCAGGUCUUAAGAAUAAUAAUGAUGAUGAAGAUGAUAAUAAUAAAAUUAUGUUCUGUACUAUG